UUAAAGCUACCAAACGCACGUGUUUUGAUUUUUAAAUCAUACUGUUUGAGUGUACAGGAACAAUAGUUAGUACUAGUAAACAACUGAUUAUGAAUGUAUUGUGAUUCCUUUUAAAAUCGGCGACCAAUUUAUGGGUUGCGGUGUCAAAGUACCUACUAUUUUGUUUACCCCUUAGAGUAAUUUUUCGCAUUAUUUUUGAUAUAUUUUUCAUAUAAAAAACACAUAUUAUUUUAAAAUUAUUUUUCUAAUUCAAAAUUAUAGCUGCUAACUUGAACCAUAAAAAAUUGUUCAUAAAGUUCAUUUCUGUGUAUUUGGUUCUUAUGUUUCAGUCCUAUUAAAACAAAAAAGAGUCAACAAUUUACCUCGUGAAACGUAAUUCUUGAAAAUAUAUUUUACUCCUUUGAUAUUUACUAAAAAUUUUAACAAAGCAAACGGAAAAUUACACGAGAUGGUGUUCCAACGAAGCAAGCUGACCCCCCUCCAGAAGAUAGGGGGUGCAGAUUACGAGGACAGCGAGGACGAGGAGUCAGAUGUGGUUGUGGGGGACUAUGGCAGUGACACAGAGGGGGGAAGGGGCGAUGUGACAUCGAGGCGCAGGAGGAAGCCGCUUACAUAUGCCGAGUUCCUCAAAGCUCAAGAUAGAGCCUUUGGACCCCAGGGAGCGAUAGACUCGAUGAAGGGGGUGGAGGCGAAGAAGCACUUCCCGCAGACGCCUGUGAAGAGGUCAAGGUCAGUGGGCAGUCUGGUAGAUGCACUCAGCACCACAAAAGACCUGGAGGAGGAGCGGAUGAACCAGCUACGCACUAUCGAGCAAAACAUAUCGCUAACCCGAGCCCAGAAGCGAGAUCUGCGGAGGCUAGAGGGAGACCUGAACAAGAACCAGUACCGCAUCAAAAAGUCAUUCCAGAAAUUCGAGUCAGUGGUGUCCAGUCGCAUGGACAAGAAAGACCAGCAGCUCAAGGGACUAGACCAGUCAAGUGCCAGAUCACUCCAAGAGUACUCACACAAACGCAAAGAGCGUGCCUUCACUCGGUUUGCGGAGAACAGAAACAAUCAAGUGAGCACUAGUAAGAGCAAGAGGAAGUCAGACCUACAACUAACAACCGUGGAACGAGCUUACAAGGCAAAGAUGGCAGAGCUGAAUCUGAAACAGUUGGAGAUUCAACGCAUCACGCAAGAAUUCACACAGAAACUCAAACGAAAAGAGGAGGAGGAGUUUAAAUUGAAGAAAGAGUUGGGCGAUUUGAGUCUGGCAGUGGCAUCUGAAUUGAAGAAGAAAGGAACAAUAGAUGAGGCCAGUGAAAAGGAGGUACAGAAGAGGAUGCGACAGAGGGAGAAGGAGGACCUGGAGCUUGAGAGUGGUUACGAGAGCUCCAAAGAGAAGUCGAUGAGAUUGAAGAAGAAGACAGAGAAUGAGAAGCAAAUGUUCACUCGUGCUCUGGAAAGUCGAAACAGAACUACUGGUGUCAAACAGAGAGAAACUGGUCGUGAGUUGAUGUCUACAAAAGUGAAGAUGGAAGACACGGGUGAACAUCUGAAUCACCUGAAGAAGACCCUCAAUGCCACCAAGACAGACCUCAACGCCAUCGCACUCCAGAACAGACUCAAGGCGGCGGGUGACCGUAAACAAGCUCUGGACGUGGACACUACACUUAGGAGCCAGUUCAAAACUGACAAACAGCUGGAGGACGCCGUAAUCAGAGCUUGGAACAACGAGAUAGACUCCCGCAGAUACGUCAUGGACGACGUCAAACAACGACUCGAGAAAGUGGUGAGUCAACGGGAGUCGAAGAGCAAGAACCUCUCGCAGGAUGUGCGGAGUCUGGGACUGGCGAGGAACAACCAGGAGAAACAAGUGAGGGAACUAGAGAGGAAACUGGAAAAGACCAGACUUGACAACCAGAGAAUGAUGUUGCAAAAGUUGGCAGAGCAAAAAGCGCAGGAGAGAAGGAUAGAGGAAGAGCUGUUGCGCAAGAAGGGUGACCUCACCAGUAUUCACGUGAAGAGAGAAGACAACUACCACACCCUUUUGAGAGAAAAGGAGGGACUGAGGAAGGACCAACAAGUACUCACUGGCAUCGAAAAGGAACAUAGAAGGAUACUUCAAGUUGCUGGCAGGACAGAUUCCAUGUAUUCAUAGUCCAAACUCCCUCUACAAUUGCAUGCUAAUUCCCAAAUCUGCAUGCCAGUACCUCGGAGGACUUGCAAAGCACAGAAAAUCAGCCGUCGAUGUUUCGAUCAAUUAACGAUCUAUCUGUAAACCUCAAACUAAUGAAAAUAUUUUUAUGUCUUCCAAAUUUUAUUUUGAACUCA